UCUGUGUCUUCGACCCAGGCUCCCCGCUCCUCGCCCGGUGCAGGUCCGAGGCGGCGGCCACUGUCCCACUCCGUGAGGGGCAUCAUUCAGUACUUGUCACUUCCUGCUCCAGCCCUUUUUCCAGGGUUUGUCCCAGCCCCUCUGCUGCAGUCUCUCAGGCAGGGCUCGUCGCUGCCCGCGGUUUCUCUCGGUGUCCAAAGGCUCGGCGGCCUAGGAGCCCCCAGGAAGCGUUUGGGAAUGGUUGUGCUGUCUGGGCUCUGGGGCUGCUGCUCCUCGGUUACCCCUCAGUUCUGGGGGUUCGGCGGCCUUUCCUUCCCUGUCCCGCAUUGGCACAUCAGUCGUGGCUGUUUCUGAUUGUAUGGAACCGGCUUGGGUGAAAAUAUAUUGGUAUUAACAUGACAGAUCCUAUGUUCAGAGGAAUCUACAGGGGAACACAGAAACAUCAAGAUGACUUUCUGGAUGUAAUAGAGAGAGCGGUCAAAGUUGGCAUUAAAAAGUUUUUGAUUACAGGUGGGAGUCUAGAAGAUAGUAAAGAUGCAUUGCAGCUGGCACAGACAAAUGACAUGUUUUUCAGUACUGUUGGCUGUCAUCCUACCCGCUGUGGAGAAUUUGAGCAGAGUAGCCCUGAACAGUAUUUAUCUGAAUUAAAAAAUCUGAUUGAAAAAAAUAGGACAAAGGUAAUAGCAGUUGGAGAAUGUGGCUUAGAUUUCGAUAGAUUAGAAUUUUGCCCAAAGGACAUCCAACUCAAGUAUUUUGAAAAACAAUUUGAUUUGUCAGAGCAGAUGCAGCUGCCCAUGUUUCUGCACUGUAGAAACUCACAUGCUGAAUUUUUAGACAUAAUGAGAAGAAACCGCGAUAGAGUUGUAGGAGGGGUGGUACAUUCUUUUGAUGGCACGAAAGAACAAGCAGCAGCUCUAAUAGAUUUGGAUCUCUAUAUUGGAAUAAAUGGCUGUUCACUGAAAACAGAAGCCAACUUGGAAACACUGAAAUCAAUUCCUAGUGAACGAUUAAUGAUAGAGACUGAUGCACCUUGGUGUGGAGUGAAAAAUACUCAUGCUGGAUCAAAAUACAUUAAAACUACAUUUCCUACAAAAAAGAAAUGGGAAAAAGGGCACUGCUUGAAGGACAGAAAUGAACCCUGCCAUAUAAUUCAAAUACUCGAAAUAAUGGCGGCAGUAAGAGAAGAUGACCCACUUGAGUUGGCCAAUACUCUAUAUAACAACACCAUUAAAGUCUUCUUUCCAAAUAUGUAAAGUUGUUUUUCUUACAUUUGUUCAGCAUAACUUCAGUAAAUAUAUUGCAAAAACUUAAAAAUCAUCAUACCUGCAAGUUCUAAUCAAUGGAAGCCAAUGUGUAGUGGGUUUGGGGCUUUUUAUGGUACAAGAUUAAAGCUGCUUUUGAAAAGGU